CACUAUUUGAACCGACCCGGCCCAGAUCCAGAUGAGCAUAAUAGGGCAGUAAAACUUUACUAAAACCCUAACACGCACAAACACAGUCGCCCAUUUCAUCCGCCGUGAGCACAAAAAAGCUCUAUACUCGUCUCACUUUUACAAUUUCAAAGAGAUGGGUGAGGUUAAGGGAGCUGUUCCAGUUCCAGAGUCGGUACUGAAGAAGCAGAAAAGGAGCGAGGAAUGGGCUCUUUCUAAGACACAAGAGCUUGUAGCUGCAAAGAAGAAGAGUGCUGAGAACCGGAAAUUGAUCUACAACAGAGCUAAGCAGUAUGCUUCGGAGUACGAGCAGCAGGAAAAGGAGUUGAUUCGUUUGAAGCGCGAGGCUAGACUGAAGGGUGGUUUCUAUGUUGACCCUGAGGCAAAGCUCUUGUUUAUCAUUAGGAUCCGUGGGAUUAACGCUAUGCCGCCACAGACCAAAAAGAUAUUGCAGCUUCUACGGUUGAGACAGAUCUUUAAUGGUGUCUUUUUGAAAGUCAACAAAGCCACAGUAAACAUGCUUCACAGGGUUGAACCAUAUGUUACCUAUGGUUAUCCCAACCUAAAAAGUAUUAGAGAGUUGAUCUACAAGAGAGGUUAUGGGAAAGUUGACAAGCAGAGAAUUGCUUUAACUGACAACGCUGUCAUUGAGCAGGUAUUGGGUAAACAUGGAAUUAUCUGCAUGGAAGACCUAGUCCACGAGAUCUUGACUGUUGGACCCCAUUUCAAGGAGGCCAACAACUUCCUAUGGCCGUUCCAGCUGAAGGCACCUUUAGGCGGACUGAAGAAGAAAAGAAAUCACUAUGUUGAAGGAGGUGAUGCUGGUAACCGUGAGAACUUUAUCAAUGAACUUAUUAGGAGGAUGAACUAAGACUGUUGGAAAUUUUUCUGUGUUAGGAGCUCUCUUUUAUCUCAUCCUUUUAGACCUUUUUGGGGUAUUGAAGUGAUAAACAGCUUCAGAUUUUCUGCCUUUAUUUGAGAUUGUUUAGAGUUAUGACAGUAUACGUCUAUGAUGAUGGUUUUUCCGCAGGAAA